GUCGGCAGUACGACUACGUCAUUCUGCCAAACUACUCCCAUUUUUCCCUCCCUGUUGGACCCACAUCCACAGUUUAGGAGCGACAGGAUAAAGAGUGUGGAUCCGAGACGAAAAGCAUGAUGACCGGAUUUCGACUGAACACGUCGCCGCUGAAAGAGCCGCUGGGCUUCGUCAAGCUGGUGGAGUGGCUCACGGCCAUAUUUGCCUUUGGAAGCUGCGGUGGAUACUCGGGGAAGAACAUCAUAUCUCUCUUCUGCGACGACGGCAGGAACGAGACUCUCGAUGUCGACUUUCACUACCCGUUCAGGUUGAACCAGGUCCCGCUCAUCGAGGGAAACGCCACUCUUUGUAACCACUCUGUGCCGACGACGCAUUUGGUGGGAGACUCCGCCUCCUCAGCGGAGUUCUUCGUGGGCAUCGCCGUCGUCUGCUUUCUGUACAGCAUGGUGGCCCUGCUGGUGUAUUUAGGCUACAUGCACGUCUACAAGGACUCUGACUUUGGACCCAUUUUCGACUUUGUGAUCACGGCGGUCCUGGUCUUCCUGUGGCUGGUGUGUUCGUCCGCCUGGGCGAAGGGCCUGCAGAACGUGAAGGACGCCACGGACACGGGAGGCAUCGGUGACACGCUGGCGCUGUGCAAAGGGAGCAACGUCACCUGCGAGGUCACGGAGUUCGCCAGCAUGAGGACCCUCAACAUCUCCGUGGUGUUCGGCUUCCUCAACAUGUUUGUGUGGGCGGGCAACGCCUGGUUCGUGUAUAAGGAGACCCGCUGGCACUCCCAGAAAUUCUCCUCUCAGCCCUCCUCCGCAAGGCAACAGGUCCCCGCACCGAUCUAACCCACAAUAUAGAGCAACACAAAGCCGCUGUCACGCACACCACACAUAGAGCGGUCACACACGGACACAAUUUGAGCACAUGCACACGUAUGAGCACAUGUGCAGACGCAAUCACACGCACACAGACACAAGAAAGCUUUGAGAAGGUGACGAAGGGAGACUAAGUGAAGGAUUUUUUUUUUUUAAGAUUAAAAAAAUGAUGGAUUUCUAUUCGAUUUGGAUCUUUUCAACACGCGAGCAGCUGUAAAGGUACACAGAGCCACAUUUGCGUUUUUAUAAGCCGACGUGUCAUAAUUUCUUGCACAUUCAUGAUUUACUUGAACUGAGAACAGUUCAAAAAGCAGCGUUCAUUUCCCGAAAGAGUUCCUCUGCAGCAGUAGGAGGCUGGGGGAGGAAACGCAUGUUCUAUAUAGUACCAUGUGUAGAUUAGCCUUUGUAACUUUUUUUUAUUUCUUACCCGUUUCACAUACUAUCGCAACACCAAUGCAAUAGUGCAAUUAAACAUGUUUAUGUCGAGAUGGUUUUUUUAAGCAGAUGCAUCCACAGACGGGGAUCAAACUUUAUGGCAAGAUGUUUGGGUAACGGUUGGACAACGACUGAAUUUAAUUAUGCUUCAUCGUGCCCUGAUGAGUGUAAGUUACACGAUUUCAUUUGUUUAAUAUCUGCCACACGGCGGAUAAUGUGAUCAAGUUCUUCAGGGUAGCAGAGCACAAGAGACAGUUUCCCGUGGUGCAAUAUGAAGCAUAAUACGAGUACCACAUUAGAAAAUGACAUUCAAUGAGUCUGGAAAAUGACUCUUUCAAAUAUUCAUUCAUCGGCUCUCUCACAGUCGGCUCAUUCGCCCUCUAGUGGCGGCGAGACAGUAUUACAUAUCUGGACAAAGCUACAUUUAGGAUAACACAUUCCCAAAAGUAUUAUUUUCACGAUGCACACUGAUGAGGGGAAUCCACGUUAAAGUUAUUAUCCGUCACAGAUUUUCUUCAGUAAGGGACAAGGAGACCGGUUGGAUAUACACUACCGUUCAAAAGUUUGGGGUCAUCCAGACAAUUUCGUGUCUUCCAUGAAAACUCACUUUUAUUUAUCAAAUGAAUUGAAAAUUGAAUAGAACAUAUAGUCAAGACAUUGACAAGGUUAGAAAUAAUGAUUAAUAUUUGAAGUAUUAAUUUUGUACUUCAAACUUCAAGCUCAAAGGAAGGCCAGUUGUAUAGCUUAUAUCACCAGCAUAACUGUUUUCAGCUGUGCUAACAUAAUUGCACAAGGGUUUUCUAAUCAGACAUUAGUCUUCUAAGGCGAUUAGCAAACACAAUGUACCAUUAGAACACUGGAGUGAUCGUUGAUGAAAUGGGCCUCUAUACACCUCUGGAGAUAUGUCAUUAGAAACCAGACAUUUCCACCUAGAAUAGUCAUUUACCACAUUAACAAUGUAUAGUGUGUAUUUUUGAUUAAUGUUAUCUUUAUUGAAAAAACAGUGCUUUUCUUUGAAAAAUAAAGACAUUUCUAAGUGACCCCAAACUUUUGAACGGUAGUGUAUAAUCAACCCGACGGCCACUGACUCAAAAAGCAGGAGAGUAGUUCACAUCCGGUGCUCUUAUCGCCACACGCACAGAGCACUCGUAUGGCGCUCACUGUGGUGUUAUGGUGUACCAUAAGAGUUUAAAUCCAUAAAGAAAAGUUGAUUGGAAGUUGGUGACUUAAUUAUUUCCGGAAAAUGUUGCAGCAUGAGUCAGCCAAAGUGUGUAAUCCUUAAACUCCUCUGUGUCCGAAGACUUUAAAUUGAAAAGUCUCAACUCCGGUACCAGAUGAAGGUUAAAUGUUUCCUUUCAUAGUGUUAAAAAAGAUCUGUUAUUACUUUGAAUAUAGAAGAAACCUUUUCAUUUUCACUUUCUAUUCAAACAGAAACUGCUCUGCCAAAGCUAUCGUUGUUUUCCUCAUGUUUCAGCUUAUUCCAAAUCUCUGUAUGAUGUUAAAUCAGUUUUGUUGUUGUCAAAACAUUUUUUAUUGCUUAGUUUUUAUAAAUCAUCGAUAAGACACAAAACAGUGAGCUGGUCUUGUGCUUAAUGAACUUUAAUGCCACUUUUUUGUCUUUUAUAUUUUUCAUUUUCACUCUACGUAGAUGAUUAUUUGAAGGAAUUUCUGAUGUUCUUUUAUAUCUUGUGCCUUUUUGAUGUCAUAACAAUGUAAGUGGGAUGAUGAUGAUGAGUUCAUAUAACUCUGCUGCGAGACAAAGUGUGUGUGGUGUACUGGUUCUGCCUCUGCACGCUUGUAGUCAUCAUCCAACUCUAGCCUUGUCAAUGAUUCCUAUGCAUUUAACCUGCCAAGCUGUCUUCUUCAAGAGAGACAUGCACAAUUUCAAUGUACCUUUUUGUUUUCUUAAAUACAAAUAAAUGUUUUUUUCUUUCAUAAAUCUCUGUGUGUUUGUCUGGCACUUUGCGGUCAUGCCUCCACAUGGAAGUCAAACAAUUUCACUAAAUGUCUCUUCAACUUUGCAUUUCCUCCCAUGUCAUGUUUGAAAUAGGACAUUUUACAGUGCAGCUGUAAACAUCUUGAAAGAAGUGAGACAUUGUUUGAGUUCAACUGUUGGGGAAAAAUCGUGUGGCUCUUGAAGGUUAAUAAAGGAGUGAUAGCCUUUGAAGAUGUUGACGCAUUUGAGAGGGAGAGGAUUGCGUUCAACAACAGCUGAUCAUCGGAAGUGUGCGUUUGACAUGACUUCUUGUUGCACCAUGUGAUCACAGUGUAUCAUCUUCUUCUUCUCCCUCUGUGCAGGUGUCUUAACCACGACAUGUAAACGUCGUGCAGCUGACAGCUUUGUUAAAUCUGUUGCAUAAAAGCUGGAUUCAAGUGACGAGCUUGUUCACUAUCGUCCGAUUUGGAAGAGGAGUUGUGAUGCCCUUGACGGUUUCUUGAUAACCAAGAGGUCCAGAAUCUGUUUAUGUUGCUUUGAGGAUUUCACUUAUGAGUGAAUGUAGGAAGCGUUAAACACUAUUUUCAGAAAUGGUGACAAUGACAAUAUUAUGCCACGUUUAUGCCAAAAAAGUAGCCGGACACUGCAGGGAAUCGAACCCCAUCCCAGUAAACCAGGAGUACCAUUACCAGUGCCUUUGUUCUUUUUGAGGCUUGUGGGUUAUAAUAAUUUCUAGUUAACUAGGAUAAAUAAAUAAAUUAAAUAAUUUAAUUAAGUAAAAAUAAAUGAAUAUAAUAAAUAAAAUACAUAUAAUUAAUUAAAUAAAUUAAAUAAAACAAAUAAUAAAUUAAAUAAAUAGAUCUUCUCUGUUUUCUGUUGAUAAAAGUUGAGUCUCCUGGUCGUUGGUGUUCUUCAAGGCAGAUCUCAGUUUCUCAUUCUCAACAGUGAGCCGAUUACCGACACUUCAGGGUAUCGAACCCCAUCCCAGUAAACCAGGAGUACCAUUACCAGUGCCAUUUUUCUUUUUGAGGCCCCCCUCCCCCCUCCAACCGCUCGAGAUUCAAAGUGUUAUCAAACUUGAUCUUGUUGUUAGCCACCAUCUCGGUCGUAGCUCUGACCGAGGCCUUUGCCCGUCAAAGGUCUUUCUCCAGUGUCUCAGUUCUCAAUGCGUGGGUCUUCUGAGCGUCCUCGCUGGUGGUAACGUUCUCUUGAUGGAUGAUGCAGGGUUUCUACGCGAAAAGCUGCAUUUCUCCAAUGACUUGUUUGUUGAUACAUGUCUUCUGUAGCUAACAAGUUGAUCUUGUCUGAGUGCACUUUGGUUCUCUGUGUGUUGUGCCGAAAUACUCAAUAAUGCUCGAAGAAACUGAA